AUGCGCGUGGGGGCUGCUCCUGCCCCCUCAUCCCUUGCGGGUGCUCGGCCUGGGCGCUCGGGUGCGCGGGGCGGGGCGGGCCGAGGCCCCACCCACUCCCCGCCCCCGCCCCCGCCCCGGGCCGUGGUCCUCCUCUGGGGGCCGCCGACACCCGGGCCGGGACAGCGAGCGGCGCGCCGGCGGGGACGCCUCCUCCGCGCCGCCGGCCACUUUGGGAUGGAGUUGGCGCGGCGGCCGUGGCCGUGGCCGUGGCUGUGGCUGUGGCUGUGGCUGGCGCUGGGGCCGCGGCCCGGGCCCGCGGGGGGCCACCCGCAGCCGUGCGGCGUCCCGGGGGGCUCCGUGCGCCUGGGCGCCCUCCUGCCCCGCGCGCCCGCCGCCCGCGCCCGCGUGCGCGCCGCCCUGGCCCGGGCCGCCCUGGUGCCGCGGCCGCCGCGCAACCUGAGCCUGGAGCUGGUGGCCGCCGCGCCCCCCGCGCGCGACCCCGCCUCGCUGGCCCGCGGGCUGUGCCGGGCGCUGGCGGCCCCGGGCGUGGCGGCCCUGCUGGCCUUCCCCGAGGCGCGGCCCGAGCUGCUGCAGCUGCACUUCCUGGCGGCCGCCGCGGGGACCCCGGUGCUCAGCGUGCUGCGGCGGGAGGCGCGCGCGCCCCUCGGGGACCCGAACCCGUUCCACCUGCAGCUGGACUGGGCCAGCCCCCUGGAGACGCUGCUGGACGUGCUGGUGGCCGUGCUGCACGCGCACGCCUCGGACGCCGUCAGCCUGGCGCUGUGCCGCGUGCGGGACCCCGGCGGCCUGGUGGCGCUCUGGACAGCCCGCGCCGGCCGGGCCCCGGAGCUGGUGCUGGACCUGAGUCGGCCAGACGCAGGCGACGCGGGGCUGCAGGCCCGCCUGGCCCCCCUGGGGACCUCACCCAGCGGCGCGGCCCCGGCCCCUACGGCCGUGCUCCUGGGCUGCCCCCUGGCCCGCGCCCGGCGGGUGCUGCAGGCCGCGCCCCCCGGGCCCCGCUGGCUGCUGGGCACCCCGCUGAGCGCCGAGGCACUGCCCACCGAGGGGCUGCCCCCAGGGCUGCUGGCACUGGGCGAGGUGGCGCGCCCCCCGCUGGAGGCCGCCAUCCACGACGCCGUGGAGCUGGUGGCGCGAGCCCUGAGCAGCGCAGCCCGUGCGGAGCCGGAGCGCGGCCUCCUGUCCACGUCGGGCAACUGCCACGACCCGCAGCCGGCUAGGCCCGAGUCCCCAGGCCGCCUCCUGGCCCGGUUCCUGGCCAACACGUCCUUUGAGGGCCGCACGGGGCCGGUGUGGGUGAGCGGCUCCUCGCAGGUGCACGUGUCCCGGCGCUUCCGCGUGUGGAGCCUGCGCCGGGACCCGCUGGGUGCCCCCGCCUGGGCCACGGUGGGCAGCUGGCGGGCCGGGCGCCUGGAGCCGGAGCCGGGGGGCGCAGCCGCGCAGCCCCCACCGUCCCCGGGGGCCCGGGCCCGGCCCAAGCUGCGCGUGGUGACGCUGGUGGAGCAUCCGUUCGUGUUCGCGCGGGAGCCGGAUGAGGACGGGCAGUGCCCCGCCGGGCAGCUGUGCCUGGCCCCGGGCACCAACGACUCGGCCGCCCUGGACGCGCUGUUCGCCGCGCUGGCCAACGGCUCGGUGCCGCGCGCGCUGCGCAAGUGCUGCUACGGCUACUGCAUCGACCUGCUGGAGCGCCUGGCGGAGGACACGCCGUUCGACUUCGAGCUGUACAUCGUGGGUGAUGGCAAGUACGGGGCCCUGCGCGACGGCCGCUGGACGGGCCUGGUGGGCGACCUGCUGGCCGGCAGGGCCCACAUGGCGGUCACCAGCUUCAGCAUCAACUCGGCCCGCUCCCAGGUGCUGGACUUCAGCAGCCCCUUCUUCUCCACCAGCCUGGGCAUCAUGGUGCGGGCCCGGGACACGGCGUCGCCCAUCGGCGCCUUCACGUGGCCGCUGCACUGGUCCAUGUGGCUGGGCGUCUUCGCGGCGCUGCACCUCACGGCGCUCUUCCUCACCCUGUAUGAGUGGCGCAGCCCCUACGGCCUCACGCCCCGCGGCCGGAACCGCGCCACCGUGUUCUCCUACUCUUCGGCCCUCAACCUCUGCUACGCCAUCCUCUUCGGGCGCACGGUGUCCAGCAAGACGCCCAAGUGCCCCACGGGGCGCCUCCUCAUGAACCUCUGGGCCAUCUUCUGCCUGCUGGUGCUGUCCAGCUACACGGCCAACCUGGCCGCCGUCAUGGUCGGGGACAAGACUUUCCUGGAACUGUCGGGAAUCCAUGACCCCAAGCUGCACCACCCGUCCCAGGGCUUCCGCGUGGGCACCGUGUGGGAGAGCAGCGCCGAGGCCUACAUCAAGAAGAGCUUCCCCGACCUGCACGCGCACAUGCGGCGCCACAGCGCGCCCACCACGCCCCGCGGCGUCGCCAUGCUCACGAGCGACCCCCCCAAGCUCAACGCCUUCAUCAUGGACAAGUCGCUCCUCGACUACGAAGUCUCCAUCGACGCGGACUGUAAACUGCUGACCGUGGGCAAGCCUUUCGCCAUGGAGGGCUACGGCAUCGGACUCCCUCAAAACUCGCCACUCACCUCCAACCUGUCCGAGUUCAUCAGCCGCUACAAGUCCUCCGGUUUCAUCGACUUGCUGCACGACAAGUGGUACAAGAUGGUGCCUUGUGGGAAGCGCGUCCUCGCCGUGACAGAGACGCUGCAGGUGGGCAUCUACCACUUCUCCGGACUCUUCGUGCUGCUGUGCCUGGGGCUGGGCAGCGCCGUGCUCAGCUCUCUGGGCGAGCACGUCUUCUACCGCCUGGUGCUCCCGCGCAUCCGGAGGGGCAACAAGCUGCAGUACUGGCUGCACACGAGCCAGAGAAUCCACCGCGCCCUGAACACGGAGCCGCCGGAAGGCCAGGAGGAGCCGGAGCCGAGGUAAAGGCCCUGGGGCCCCUCCCCAGCCCCACAGGCGGAGGAGCGGCAGGACACCCCGGCGGCCCCUGCGGGCCCGGGGAGCUGGACGCGAGCGCGCCGGGCCACGGCGAAGGAGCGGCGCGUGCGGUUCCUACUGGAGCCCACGGUGGCCGCCGCGGCGCCGGACGGCCCCGUGUGGCUCUGCUCCAACGGCCGCCUGCCGGCUGCGCCGCCCUCGGGCCCUCCGCGGCCCGGCGAGCUGGAGGAGCUGCGGCAGCGCAUCGAGGACGCGCGGGAGCGCCUCCGCCAGGCCCUGGUGCGGCGGGGACAGCUGCUGGCCCAGCUGGGGGACGAGCCCCGCGACCCGCCCCCGCUGCACGCCGGCUCCGAGGCACCGGAAGCGGCGCGGUGACCCACCCCGGCCCUCCCUGCCCGGCGCACGGACGCUGCCCCGCCGCUGUC